CCCGCCGGACACGCGCUCUUCCAGGACGUUUUCCGCAGAGCAGACAAGAAUGAUGAUGGUAAGCUCUCAUUUGAGGAAUUCCAGAAUUACUUUGCCGAUGGGGUUCUCAGCCCAGGGGAGCUGCGGGAGCUGUUUAGCGGCAUUGAUGGGCAUCCCACCGACAACUUGGAAACGGAGAAACUGUGUGACUACUUCUCAGGACACCUGGGUGUCUACCAGCCCGUGCUGGCUGCGCUGGAGUCGCUGAACCGGGCAGUGCUCACUGCCAUGGACACCACCAAGCUGGAGUAUGAGCGGGCCUCCAAAAUGGACCAGUUUGUGACACGCUUCCUACUGCGGGAGACAGUGAGCCAGCUCCAAGCCCUGCAGAGCUCGCUGGAGGGGGCAUCGGAGACCCUGGAGGCCCAGGCCCGCGGCCCACGGUCAGAUGAAGACAGUGUGGAGGUGCAGAGCAGGCCUCGUGGCAGCCGGCGGGCGGGGCGCAGGGCCCUGAGGAGCGUCAGUUGGUCACCCACCUGGUCUCCUGGCUCCUCUGACACAGGGCAGAGCUCAGAGGCCGAGAUGCAGUGGCGGCUCCAGGUCAACCGUCUCCAGGAGCUCAUCGACCAGCUUGAGUGCAAGGCCCCCCGGCUGGAACCCCUGCAUGAAGAGGAGCUUACCAAGGGGCCCGACUCGCACAUCCUCGUGGCCCAGAGGCAGAUGCAGGUGGCAGAGGAAGCCCUGCAGGACUUCCACCGUGCCCUGUGCUGCUACGUGGACUUCACAGGGGCCCAGAGCCAUUGCCUGCAUGUAUCUGCCCAGAAGAUGCUGGACAAUGCUUCCUUCACCCUGUACGAGUUCUGGCAGGAUGAGGCCUCCUGGAGAAGGCACCAGCAGUCCGCCUGCAGUAAGGCCUUCCAGCGCAUCCUCAUUGACCACCUGCGGGCUCCCGACACCCUGACCACUGUGUUCUUCCCAGCCUCUUGGUGGAUUAUGAAUAAUAACUGAGCCUGACCUGCAUAAGCCAAGGACCCUGGGGCCCUGCCUGCCUCCUUCUGGAGCUUCUGGACUGGUCAACUCAGCACCAAGACCAAGGACGCUGCCGCCUCCUAGGCCUGAGGCCUGGCUUUCAGAGGCCUCCCAGACCCGGCUGAUGGAGUUUCAGCCCAGGGGUCAGGGACUGGGCUGCUUGCUUUCUGUUCUUUAUGUGUCAGUGUGUUUUAUUGUUUGUAGCUUUGGCCUCUGAGGCACUCUGGCCUCUGCCCUGCUCAGGAGGCCUGGAUCCUGGUCCCCUCUGCCGCUGCCUUGCUGUGUGACCCAGGGCAGGUCGCUUCCCUCUCUGAGCAAGCCUCAGGCCAUCUGGCUGCCUAGCGGGUGCCCUGCUUUCUCCCUGCUGUCUUGGGGCCAGGCUUCUCUUCUUCCCCAACCAGCAGCAGAACCAGGGCUGAUGCUCAGGGACCCCCACCUGACCCCGAACCUCGACCCCGGAGGCUGGGCCAGAUCUGCCAGCAGUGUGGGGUAAGGACCCUGGUGUCCCCAUCACCUUCCUGGGCCAGCAGGCUCCUGCCUCUUCCAGCACCCACGGCUGCACCAGAGACCUCUGGAGGAUCCUGGGUUGGUUUGCAUGUCAUUUGCAUAUCAUUUGCAUGCUCAUGCCCACCCAUACUCAGGGCCCUCUGGGAAGCCCCAAGGUGACCUUGCCAAGAGCAAUAAUUUGGACCCAGAGUAGCCUGCUGCCCCCAGAUACCUCUGAACCCCAGCCCAGGACCCCAGCACAGAGGCAAUAAAGGCAGUGGUCACCUCUGGUGUCA